AUGUCAGAUACUCGAACAACGACCAAUUCAAAUUAUUUUACAGAUAUUUGUUAUUCAGGAAAUGGAAGUCAUUUUGUUGUCUGUGAUAAAUUUGGUCAUAUUUAUGUUUUUGAUUCAACAAACGAUCGAAUUGAAUAUAAAUAUCUGUGUGCUGAUAUACCUUCUCAUAUUCUAAUACAUAAUCAUUCUUUGUAUGUCGGCACAAAUCAUGGUUUACAAAUUCAUCCAUUUCCACGUCAAAGCAAUAUUCGAAGUUCCGUUUUGUUUGAUCAUCCAAUAUCAUUUCUUUAUUUAAGUGGAUGUUCAUUAUUUGUUAGUACUCGUGGUGGUGAAGCUACAGCAUCAAUUGAUGGAUAUGUUCGAAUUUUUAAUACAGCUGAACAGAAAUUCGUAAAAGAAUUGGCUUUAAUCGAUAUCUCAGUUGAUAUUGACACAGCAAAAUCGUAUGUUCAAAUGGAUUGGGAUUUAGUAGAAGAUUUAUUGGCAAUUCCAACGAAAAACUGCAUUUAUUUUUACGAAACAAAUAGCUUUGGAAUGGAGAAAGCUUAUGAAAACAAUACAAAUGAAGAAUAUAUUGAUUUGAUCAAAUAUUCACCAAAUGGAAACUACUUCAUCAUUACAUAUCGAAAUAAUACAUUAGUAGCUGUUGAUAGUAUCAGUCAUCGUAUUUAUUUGGUUUAUGCAUUCAACAAUGUAUUUACUUCUUUGAAUCGGCGUCCUCGAGCAU